CUUAUAUGAUAAAUUUAAUUCGCAACAAGGUAAAAAUAAAGAGUUGUGACUUGUUGCAACUUUUGGGAAGAAUUAUGACUAGUCUAAAAACUUGUGAUUUUUAUGAAGAGUUGUGAAUUUUCCACAAAGUUGUGACUUUUACGAAGAGUUAUAACUUCUGACUUUUCUAAAGGAGUGUGACCUUUCCGAUAAGGCACAUUAAGCACCUAUUCACGCUAUCUUUUGUUAUCUAUAAAUAGAGGAGUUUCAUCUUCUUAUUCUGCACAGACAGAUCCUACUAUUCUUUACCGCCUUUGAGUGGUUCGAUGACAUCGUGAUUUUAAAUACGAGUACACUGGUGAAUAACCUCUUUUUCUUUUUCUUAAGACUCUGGUAUUCGAGUGUGUGCUGUAAUUUUCUACAUUUAUACUGAUUAAAAAUAAAAAUUUCAACGUGUGCUGUAAUUUUCUAAAUUACAUUUUAAUUAAAUAAAAUUGAAAAAUGUUAUAAGUCUUGUGUAACAAUUUUUAUAGAAACUUGGGGGAAAGCAAAAAGAAAAGAAACAAAAAGGAAACUAAUUCCCACUUCCCUUUCUCAAUCAAAUUCUUAUAAAUAUUUCCCUUUCCCAAUCAAAUUCCUACAAAUAUUUUUUCCUUAUAAAUGCCUAACAUUAACAACAGUUGCAUUAAUUUCCAAUUCUUAACUUCUUUUUUUCUCGUAAUCUAACACAUAACACAGCCAUAAAAAAAGCUUCAAGAAACAUGUCUCAACACGAUCAAGUUCCCUGUUUUUGUACUCGUACACUACCACCUGAUGCUCCUCUCUUGAAUCGACUACAACACCUGCCUCCAGUUGAUUAUAGUUUCAUGUCUCGUAUUAAGUUUGAGCAUUCAAAUCUUGGUGAUAUUGUUGAUGAAGAAGAAGAAGAAGAAGAGGAGGAGUUGUCGGAUGAAGAAAUUAUGGAAGAAGACGAGCAAGAGGUAGAGGAAGCCGUGAGUGAGUUGAUUCUUGAUGAAGAAACUAAGGAAGAAGACGAGCAAGAGGUAGAGGAAGCCAUGAAUGAGUUGAUUCUUGAUGAAGAAAUUAUAGAAGAAGAGGAGGAUGUUGAAAAUAUGGAAGCAACAAUGGAGUCUGGGUGGUUUGUACAAACAAGAAUGGAGUAUGAUAUACAUUUGCUUAGUGAAGGCUACCAGCAAACAAGUGGAAGACGGACUAGGACAGCUCGAAUGCAAGUGAAUACUAACUACUUUCGUUACAAUAUUCAAGUGCCACAAUCGGCUCUUGAUGACACCUAUACUGAUGAAAUUGAAGUCGAACAACAAGAAGAGGAAGUGGUGGAGGAAGACGAUAUUAAUGAGUUUGUGGAUCAAGAUAUGUCUGAGUAUUUCGAAAGAAGUACAUGUUAUGUUACUUGUGUUAUGGACAUAGACGCCAACGAAGAUGGUAAUGAUGAGGAACAAGAAGCAUGUGCUAUCUGCCUACUUGAAUAUAAAGAUGAAGAUAACAUUGGCACACUUCAAUGUGGCCAUGAAUUUCAUGCUGAAUGCAUCAACAAGUGGCUGCAGAGGAAAAAAUCAUGUCCUUUCUGUAGAGCUUCAGUUUUUCCCACAAACACAUGACUGCCUACAUUAUUCUUAAUCUUGAAAAUUCAAUUAGAGUUAUUAUUUCUGUAGUGAUUCACAUUGCAAUCACAAUUCACUUUUUGAGUCUUUUACCUGUGCUUUAUUAUAGUUUUUGGUCAUGUUAUCUGUUUUUAAUAACAUCUAUAACACAUAAUUGAGUUCUGUGGUACCUACCAGCAUGAUUACCUAGUAAUUCACAUACUUGGGCAAUAGGAAUAAAUCAGCUAGUGUACUUGCCCAUGAUUUUCACUCACUUCAUUAAUCGUUAGCGUUGGAGGCUGAACAGAGGGAUCAGAUAGCUAAUGAGAACACAGGACUACUUGUAAACACAAAGUCCAAUUGUUUCGGAAGCACAAAAUCAAGAUUUUCUAGAGUUACAAUCACAUGCAGCUAGCAAAUGUGUCUGUAACUUCCUAUACAAAAAUGUAAACUAUAGAGUUGGGGUUCCCCUCCCAAGACAUUAAUUUGUUCACUAUACUCCUUUCUCGACUUCAUACGUGAUAAUUCUUUCAUGUUGCUGGGAGCUUAAGAAAAUAAUUGAUCAUGAUAUCACCUAGAAGUUUCAGCUGAAGUAGCUUCUCAA